AUGAGUUGGACACUGUGUGCACUGCUAGCCAUAGGUGUGUGGACAAUCGGUGUAUUCAGCGCAUCAGUGCAAACUGGCCUCAUUGCACAGCUGAACUUCUGUGACUCCAACCACAUACAGCAUUUUUUGUGUGAACUCCCCUCGCUCCUGUUGCUGUCUUGUAGCCCCACAAUCCUAAAUGAUAUCAUGAUUAUCCUUGGUGAUAUCUACUUUGGUGUGUUCAACUUCUUGGUCACCAUGGUUUCCUAUGGCUGCAUUGUGGCCAGCAUCCUCCGCAUCCGCUCAGCUUCUGGCAAGCGCCGAGCCUUCUCUACCUGCUCUUCCCACCUCAUGGUGGUCACCUUGUACUAUUCCACUCUCAUCUAUACUUACUUCCUCCCGGGCUCUGGUGCCUCCAUGGAGUAUUACAAGGUUGUGGCUGCAUUGUACACAACUGUCAGUCCUGCCCUGAACCCACUCAUCUACACUCUGAGAAACAAGGAUGUGAAAGCAGCCCUCCAGAAAGUGACCCCUGCCUCCUGGUGGAGAAAGAGAGUGGCCACAUGA